AUGCUGCUGAUUCCGUUUACGUUGAUCUUCGGGCAAGUGGUUUUGCAAGCGCUUGCAGCCGAUAUUGGCCAAGCGAGCAGUUUCAAUAUCACGCCUGAAGUGGCUCAGAGAUAUAAUUGCAGCGAAACUUGCCAAGAAGCAAUCCAAACUGGCAAUGAGGGCGAUAUAGGGAUCUUCGGAACCAACUUCGACUUCGACUUCUACGAAACCGCUGCCAACUUCACAGGCUCCAAGCCCGGCGAUAUCCUCAAGAUUCAGCCCGUAAUCCCCACCAACAUCACCGUGCCCGCCGGUGUUGCCGUCUACAAGAUCCAAUACACCAGCGCCGACAUCGAUGGCUCCCCUAUGCCCCCCUUCAAUCUCAUCGCCUACGCACACGGAACCAGCGGAGUCUUCCGCGGCUGCGCUCCUUCGACGUCACCCAGCCUGUUCGACUACCAAAGCUGGUCACCGCUCCUAAUUGCAGGAUACGCUGUCGUUGCUACCGAUUAUGCCGGCUUGGGAAACAAUUAUACCGCCCACAAGUAUCACAAACUCGUCCAAGAUUCGGCCAGUGGAUACCUGGGAGGUGUUGCUGUGGCACCUGUCACCAAGAUCUACGACGCGCUGGUUGCCAUUGACUCGCUCCGCAAUGUCACUCAGACCGGAGGAGACGACCACGACUUCCUUGCCCUGGGCGUAAUUCCAUCUGCCGUACUUGGCAUCAAGGCAACAUUUCCAGAUUACGACGCUCCCGCUAUUUCAGCCAAGCUGAAGAACAGGAUCGACCUAGCAAAGGUCGGACAGUUAUGCGACAACGCCAUCUCAGGUCUCACAGUUGACCUCCGCCUCGACGCCCUGUCCAAUCGCACCGCCGCAUCCGACACGCGUCUGAAAGAGUUUCAAGAGUUGAACGCUCCGGCUCAAGGUGACCGCGCCUCAAAGCCGCUGCUUUUGGUUCUUGGAGAAGAUGAUACCAUUGUCUCAGAGGAGUCCGGCGCUGCCUCGUUCGAAGAGACCUGCGCCUACGGAAACCCUGUUCAUAUGAGUAUCUAUCCCGGCUUAGACCACUCUGCUGUCUUGACGGCAGCAACACCUGAGUGGCUCGCGUUCUUCCAGGACCGAUUUGCCGGAAAAGCUCUCGGGGAGGGUUGCUCGAAUGAGACCAAGAUUCCUUUUGACCUAGAACAUGCCCAGAGGCCUCUGGAUAGCUACUGA